CCGGCCCCGGCCCCGCCUGGUGGCCCGAGUGCACCUGCUCCGGACGGGACUGGUAUGAGCAGCCCGCCAUGGCGCCCACCCUCAUCAACGCUGACGCUCUGGAUCCGGGACUUUCGGUGAACGGCGGCGGCGAUGGCUGCUUCAAAUACGAAGAGAUCGUCCUGGAGCGGGGUAACUCGGGCCUGGGGUUCAGCAUCGCCGGAGGCAUGGACAACCCCCACAUCCCCGACGACCCCGGCAUCUUCAUCACCAAGAUCAUCCCCGGAGGGGCCGCCGCCAUGGACGGGAGGCUGGGGGUCAACGACUGCGUCCUGCGGGUCAACGAGGUGGACGUGUCGGAGGUGGUUCACAGCCGGGCCGUGGAGGCCCUCAAGGAGGCCGGGCCGGUGGUCCGGCUCGUGGUCCGACGCCGCCAGCUGCCCCCCGAAACCGUCACCGAGGUCAACCUCCUCAAGGGACCCAAAGGCCUGGGUUUCAGCAUAGCCGGGGGCAUCGGCAACCAGCACAUCCCAGGGGACAACAGCAUCUACAUCACCAAAAUCAUCGAGGGCGGCUCAGCCCAGAAGGACGGACGGCUUCAGAUCGGGGACCGGCUGCUGGCGGUGAACAACACGGACCUGCAGGACGUACGGCACGAGGAGGCCGUGGCCUCGCUGAAGAACACGUCCGACAUGGUGUACCUCAAGGUCGCCAAGCCCGGGGGGGGCCCGGGAGGAGGAGGAGGAGGGCCGGGAGCCCCGGGAGUGGGAGGAUUAGGAGCAGGGGGCCACCUCGACGACAUGUACGCGCCCCCCGACUACGCCAGCGCCUUCGCGGCCCUGCCGGACAACCACGUAAGCCAUAACCCGGGCCUGGCCUACCUGGGGGCCAUCGAGGGCAGGCCCGCCUACCCCACCCCCACGCCGGCCCCUCCGCCUCGCUACUCGCCCACCCCCCGACACCUGCUGGGUGACGACGACUUCACCAGGGAGCCGCGGAAGGUCAUUCUGCACAAGGGGUCCACCGGGCUGGGCUUCAACAUCGUGGGCGGAGAGGACGGAGAGGGCAUUUUCAUCUCCUUCAUCCUGGCCGGGGGUCCGGCGGACCUGAGCGGGGAACUCCGGCGCGGUGACCGCAUCCUCUCGGUGAACGGGGUGAAUCUGAGGAACGCCACGCACGAACAGGCCGCGGUGGCUCUCAAACGCGCCGGGCAGACGGUCACCAUCAUGGCACAGUACCGACCCGAAGAGUACAGCCGCUUCGAAUCCAAGAUCCACGACCUGCGGGAGCAGAUGAUGAGCAGUAGCAUGAGCUCCGGGUCGGGGUCUCUGCGGACCAGCGAGAAGAGAUCUCUGUAUGUCCGGGCCCUGUUCGACUACGACCGGAGCCGGGACAGCUGCCUGCCCAGCCAGGGCCUCAGUUUCUCCUACGGCGACAUCCUGCACGUGGUCAACGCCUCCGACGACGAAUGGUGGCAGGCCCGCCUCGUCACCCCCCGCGGCGAAGGGGAGCAGAUCGGGGUCAUUCCCAGCAAGAAGAGGGUGGAGAAGAAGGAACGGGCGCGAUUGAAAACCGUCAAAUUCCACGCCAGGACCGGCAUGAUCGAGGCCAACCGGUCGAUCAAAACGAAGCGUAAAAAGAGCUUCCGCCUCUCCCGGAAGUUCCCAUUUUACAAGAGCAGAGAGAAUGUGGCCCACGAGAGCGGUGGACAGGAACGACUUCCCCGGGUUAAGUGACGAUUAUUAUGGAGCAAAGAAUCUGAAGGGCGUGACGUCCAACACCAGCGACAGCGAGAGCAGCUCCAAAGGACAGGAGGACGCCAUUUUGUCGUACGAGCCGGUCACCCGACAAGAA